AUGAGGCUAGAUAACAUUAUUGAUGUUGAUGCCUGCGCGUGUAGGUCUACUGGUAUUAGACUGAUGUGCUGCUCUCCAUGGUUGUGGUGCAAGACGACGACUACGCAGCCGCCAUUAAAAACCUCGAGAGUGGGAUUCGUCCGAACGGUUCCAAAUCGCACUCCUCCUCCCGAGACGUUGGAGGAAAUAAACGCUGGCUACAAACGCUUGGGUCGGUAUAUUGCAGUAUUUGAUUAUCCCCGUGGUGAUCCAGGAGAAGAAGAUAUGCAGCUGUAUCUGUUUCCGAACUCCUUCACCCACGUACCGUUAGAAGAUAUUCCCCGGCAUUCGAACGAAAUAAGAUAUACAACGACAACAAAGGAAUUCGAUACCUACGGCAAUUUACACUACUCGCUGGAGCAGGCAUUGGGUGAAAGCUUUGUUAAGGCUGCGGUCGAUGAAAUAAAAGCAGACACCGAUGCUGAUAUUUUCUCCGUAGGCGGGGCAUCUGAAGUGCUGGGUAGCAAUGAUGACGGGAUACCUGGAGGUCGAUAA